AUGAAGGGUGUGCUUGGCAUGGUUAAACCAUGCAACCUUGCCAGAGCCACAACUCACAUGUCCGAAUUUUCGCAACAGUUAACUAGUACUACUAGCACGAGCCGAACUCGACAGUUAAGUGUGAAGAGUUCUUGGAAUAGUGAGUCAGGACAAGCCCGAGUGGCAAACCGUGUGUCAAAGUUGGGUCAAAAGUGGAAGGAGUACCAAGGGAUCAGGAACUGGGAAGGGUUACUUGAUCCCUUGGAUGACGGUCUACGUCACGAGAUACUCCGAUAUGGCGAUUUCGUUGAAGCCGCGUACCGAUGUUUCGAGUUCGACACGUCGUCGCCAGAUUACGCAACUUGUAAAUACUCUAAAGACUCAAUGUUGGAUAGAUGCGGAUUGGGGGGAAGUGGAUAUAAGGUGGUUAAGAAUUUGCAUGCCACGUGUGGGGUCCAACUGCCAGGCUGGAUUGAAAAAGUGCCAAGUUGUGCAACCACGAAUUCUAGUUGGAUUGGUUACGUGGCAGUUUGCAAUGACGAGAAAGAGAUUUCACGAUUGGGCCGGAGGGAUGUGGUGAUUGCCUACAGGGGAACUGCCACUUGUCUUGAAUGGAUUGAGAAUCUACGUGCGACGCUGACGUCAUUGCCUAAUGACGUGGCACCUGAAAGGAAAAGAGCAAUGGUGCAAAAAGGGUUUCUUAGUAUGUACACAACAGCCACGCCCACGUGUCCAAGUUUGAGGGAUAUGGUAAGAAAGGAGAUUUCUAGGAUUAUUGAGACUUAUGGUGAUGAGCCACUUAGUGUGACCAUUACUGGUCAUAGUCUAGGUGCAGCCUUAGCUACACUUACAGCCUACGAUAUCACCUCGACAUUCGAGCGCUCGCCGAUGGUGACUGUAGUUUCCUUCGGCGGGCCACGUGUCGGGAACCGGAGUUUCCGAUCACGGCUUGAAAAAAGCGGUACACGGGUUUUACGGAUCGUGAACUCGACCGAUGUGAUCACGAAAGUGCCGGGGUUGUUGGUUGACGAUAGCAACGACGUGACGAAAAGAAAAAUUCAUGUAUCCGGAUUGCCAGGAUGGCUACAAAAACGAGUCGAUGACACAGAUUGGUUUAGGUAUGCGGAUGUGGGCAAAGAACUUAGACUUAGUAGCAAUGCAUCACCAUAUCUAACGAAAAGCGAUUUUGCCACGUGUCAUGACUUGAAGACGUAUCUCCACUUAGUCGAUGGUUUCGUGAGCUCCACGUGUCCAUUCCGAACAACAGCGAAGAGACUGCUAGCCGGAACAAAACACGAGUUGGAAGCAACAAAUUUUGGAUAG